GGUUGCCGUGGAAAAGGAAAAUAACAACACAGAGAGCACUGUCUAACAGAGCAUCGCAAGAGUUAAUUCUUAGGGUCCACGCUCACCUUGACUCCCUUGCCCCCACGUGUUCUCGGCUGUCCAGCGGCGCGGCGCCUUCUGGAGCCUGGAGCCUGGGAUCUCAGACUCCACCGCGCACCGCCGCCCCUCAGCCCGGGGCCGGCGUCGGAUGCGAGAGCCUGUGGCUAAGUAAGAAAUCCAGCCUCACUGAAGACAUUCAAGGAAAAGGCGGGGCAGUUGCUUUUCCAGAGCAGAAAGGAAACUCAUGCAUCAGCAAAGGUUGACCUCUGACUCUUUCUGGAAGGGAAUCACGGUGAUUGACAAACACAUUGAAAGAAUAUGGCUGCACAGAUACCAGAAUCCGACCAGAUAAAACAGUUUAAGGAGUUCCUGGGAACCUACAAUAAACUUACAGAGACCUGCUUUUUGGACUGUGUUAAAGACUUCACAACAAGAGAGGUGAAGCCUGAAGAGGUUACCUGUUCAGAACAUUGCUUACAGAAAUAUUUAAAAAUGACACAGAGAAUAUCCAUGAGGUUUCAGGAAUAUCACAUCCAGCAGAAUGAAGCUUUGGCAGCCAAGGCAGGACUCCUGGGCCAGCCCCGGUAGAAACUCCGAGACACAGACUUGCCCUGGGAUUGCCGCAGCCGGUGCGCUGGCCAUGCAGGUUCACCUGGUAGAACCCUGCAGCAGCGCAGCAGGAGUGGAGGGGAGCCAGCUGUCUAACUGCCUGACCAGUGGGAACCCCUGGAGAAACAAAUCACCCUUCACCAGAAGGAAGCGGAAUAGAAGGCCUUCCGCUUGUGAGAAUGGUAAGAGGCGACAUUGUUGAGGCCUUAAGAUUCAGCUGCGUGGUCACCUUGAUUACAAAAAUAAACCAUUGUUCCUUUCUUUGUGACUGUUAAUUUUAAAAGCAAAAUAUGUGUCCAAUCAUGUAUGAGUUAGAAAAAAUUUAUUACUAAAAGUAAAAUAAAUGAAAAUAUCACUGA